AUGAAGGGCUUUCUUCAGUCAAUCACCGGGCGACUAAACCGGCCCUCCGGCCUACACCUUCAACUCCUUUCAGAUCUACAUCUCGAGGUUGCGCAACAAUAUUCCACAUUCACAUUUCCCGCGGUGGCGCCGUUUCUCCUUCUCGCAGGCGACAUAGGGAGACUCAUCGACUAUGCAGGAUACCUGGUGUUCCUCGAAGCCCAAGUAGCUCGGGCGCAGGAGUUAUCCGAAGAGCCUUCUCUGGUAGGCCGGCUCAUUCUCCUGAACAAGACCCGCUGGGAUGACCCAGCCUCCAGAUUGACAAUCCUCGGGUGCACACUGUGGUCCGCUAUCCCUCUGGACAUCCGCGACAUCGUCAAGUCCAAGGUCAGCGACUUCAAAAAGAUAGACGGAUGGACCGUCGAGAAGCAUGACCAUACUCACGCGGAGGAGGCCGAAUGGCUUCGUAAGCAGGUCUCAGAAGUAACAUCGCAAGAGGGAGACUCGGGGAGAAAGCUCAUCGUCGUCACACAUCAUGCGCCGUGUAUGCAAGGUACUUCGCGGCCAGCGGAUUCUGCCAAUCCAUGGACGCCCGCGUUCGCGACUGAUCUUGUCGGCCACGAGGAAUGGAGGGGAAUCAAUACAUGGGUUUUUGGUCAUAUGCAUUACUCGACAGAUCUUGUACGGGACGGGAUCCGGGUGGUUGCGAAUCAGCGUGGCUAUGUCCUUCCUGGGAGCGCCGCGUACGAAGCUGAGAGCGACAGGAGGAAGAAGAGGGGUAAACACGACUUUGAGCCGUCGAUGGUCAUUGUCAUAUGA